AUGUUCAGCAAAGUAUUGGUUGCUAACCGGGGCGAGAUAGCCGCCCGCAUCAUUCGUACCUGCCAGCGCAUGGGCGUCGCAACCGUCGCCGUGUAUUCCGAGGCCGACCGGGGAACCAUGCACACCCGCAUGGCCGACGAGUCAGUUUGCAUCGGCGGCGCGGCAGCCACCGAUUCCUACCUGAACAUCGACGCCGUGCUGGCGGCCUGCCGGGACACCGGCGCUGAGGCCAUCCAUCCGGGAUACGGGUUCCUUUCGGAAAACUCCGAGCUCGCCCGCCGGUGCAAAUCCAAUGGCAUCGUCUUCAUCGGCCCCGGCGAAGAGGUGCUCAACCAGAUGGGCGACAAACUCUCCGCCCGCCGCGUCGCCCGCAAGUCCCGGCUUGCCGGUGAUGCCCGGCACCGAAGAACCCGUCAAAGACGAUGA